CAUUGCCACUGCUCUCGCCCCCUCCUACGAACACUCUCCCUCCCUUCUCUCCACUCUCCCUUCAUCCUCACUACAUCGCAGCCAUGCUUCCACGAGCACGGCAGGCGACAGCAAUGGCGCUGCGCGCCAAACCCAUGACCGCAAUACAGCCCUUCCGAGCUGCGAACGCCGCCUUCAUAUCAUCCACCUCCUCGAAACCGGCAGAGCCGAUCAUGGGCAAGCCGGGUAUCGUGAAAGGAGGACCGGCUCCACCCCCGCCUAUGAAGUCGCUCUCGAACCAAACACAAGUGCCGCUACCGAGUCAAGAGGGGACGAAGGGCGUGGUGCAAUACGCACUCACCACCCUCGACAGCAUCGCCAACUGGGCACGACAAGGCUCCCUCUGGCCCAUGACCUUCGGCCUCGCCUGCUGCGCCGUAGAAAUGAUGCACCUGUCCACCCCGCGCUACGACCAAGACCGCCUCGGCAUAAUCUUCCGCGCCUCGCCGCGUCAAUCCGACGUGAUGAUCGUGGCCGGCACCCUCACAAACAAGAUGGCGCCGGCGCUACGACAAGUCUACGACCAGAUGCCCGAUCCCCGAUGGGUGAUUAGCAUGGGCUCGUGCGCGAACGGAGGCGGCUACUACCACUACUCGUACAGCGUGACGAGGGGAUGUGAUCGUAUUGUGCCCGUGGAUAUUUACGUGCCCGGCUGCCCGCCGACGUCGGAGGCGUUGAUGUACGGCAUUUUCCAGCUGCAGAAGAAGAUGAGACAUACCAAGAUUACGAGGAUGUGGUACAGGAAGUGAGCGGGUAGCGAAGGUGCGAGAUUGUUGGGAGUCAAAAGGUGUACAUAUGCAUUAUGGUAUUGGCUUGAGAUAGCGAUUUACUCUCGCGCCAUCCUUGUCUUAAGUCUGUCAAAGAGGAUAUAUGUCCUCAUUGAAGAUAAAUCAUGCCCAUCAAUGACUCGUGUUGAGC